GGGAGACCGUUAGCGUUCGCGUCGCCUUCAAACACAGGAAAUGCCGCAGUUUAAUGCAAGCGGUAGGGGGACACGAAAACGACGAAGCAGGCGAAGAAGGAAGCAUUUCCCACCAAAGUAAAGGAGAAGAGAACGACCGCUUCCAAGAUUCCACCUUGGAUCAUCGCAACCCAAAGAAUUGUACCCUCUCCCCUUCCCCCCCCCCAUCCCCCUUUGUCCCACCACCUGCUCUCUCUCUCCGCUCUUCUCUGCUUCGUCUUCUGACCGCCCGCGUCUGACUCCCUUCCUCUGUUCUUCUCACUGCUCGCCUUUCUAACGUUCAACCUCGAGGAAACUUCCUUCUGCACUCUUGGUUUUCUCACAGAAUUAGUCAACCUUAGGAUCGGCACAAAAGAGAAGGCGAUACGUUUUCAUUUCGGAAUCAAGGAAAUGAGCGGGAAGCUGCGGGUCGGCUUCGAUUCGCAAACGUCUUCGAAGAUGGGUUCUAUGGAUGGUAGAUCAGAGCAUGAAUUUGAAGAUGAAAGCCUUGUUAGCCCCAUGGAACUCACAAAAAUGACUAAUGGUCUGACUGGAAUUCAUCAUGGUUCCUUCUCUGCUGUGGAACAACAGAAAAGUAUCGACAACAUCAAUACCAGCUUGUUGAGGAGCUUAAAAGUAAUACUGUUUACAUCCAAGAUAAAUAUAUUGAUGCCUUGUGGACCUUUAGCAGUCGUGAUUCAUCAUUUGACUGAGGAUCAAGGAUGGGUGUUCUUUCUGAGUUUGCUGGGCAUUAUUCCAUUGGCAGAGCGUUUAGGUUUUGCCACAGAGCAGCUAGCACUUUUCACAGGACCAACAGUGGGAGGCCUUCUGAAUGCUACUUUUGGAAAUGCAACAGAGAUGAUAAUAUCGGUCCAUGCACUAAAAGGUGGAAUGAUACGGGUCGUUCAACAGUCGCUACUAGGAUCCAUAUUGUCAAAUAUGCUGCUGGUUCUUGGUUGCGCAUUCUUCUGCGGAGGGAUUGUUUUUAUGAAGAAGGACCAAGUUUUCGAUAAGGCAGCUGCUGUAGUGAACUCCGGCUUGCUUCUGAUGGCAGUGAUGGGCUUGCUCUUCCCUGCUGUUCUCCAUUACACACACUCUGAAGUACAUUAUGGCAAAUCAGAAUUAGCCCUUUCAAGGUUUAGCAGCUGCAUAAUGCUUGUGGCAUAUGCCUUUUACCUUGUUUUCCAGCUAAAAGGUCAUAAUGAAUCCUACGAGCGGGUCAAUGAGGAAGGAGGUCAAAAUGAAGGGGGUACAGAUGAUGAAGAAGUUCCUGAGAUUUCCAAAUGGGAAGCCAUCAUUUGGCUAGCAAUUUUGACUGGUUGGAUCUCAGUGCUCUCUGACUACUUGGUUGAUGCCAUACAGGGUGCUUCAGCCGCAUGGAACAUUCCUAUUGCUUUCAUAAGCGUCAUUUUGCUGCCGAUCGUGGGGAACGCAGCUGAGCAUGCGAGUGCAAUCAUGUUUGCCAUGAAGGACAAGCUCGACAUUUCUCUAGGAGUUGCUAUUGGGUCAUCAACACAGAUAUCCAUGUUUGGGAUCCCUUUCUGUGUGGUGGUAGGGUGGAUAAUGGGACGACCAAUGGACCUAAAUUUCCAACUUUUUGAGACAGCAUCACUCUUCAUUACAGUAUUAGUUGUAGCCUUCAUGUUGCAGGAGGGUACUUCUAACUACUUCAAAGGUUUAAUGCUCGUUCUUUGCUACCUAAUAGUAGCUGCCAGCUUCUUUGUACAUGUUGACCCUUCUCCAGUCCGUGAGUUCCUCACAUCAGUUGCUAGCUUACCAUAUGCAUCAACCAGAAAUCAAAAUCUUUCACACACCGACCAACAACAUUUGAUUACUGCUUUUGCUUCAAGCAUUCACCACUGCAAAUGUAUAUACUCCUUUGGUCAUUCAACACACCUAAAUGGCCGAAUGGGAAUAAUUUUUUUGCAGAAGACAAGAAACCCUGAAGAUAGCAGCAGGCGGGCAUUGUUUCGGAUGUGGUACGCGAAAGCUGGUUGCGAGGCAUCAACUGUUGCUUUGGGUUCGCAGUUUCAGCAGAGGAGCAGUGAUUCCAGUGGAUGACGAUUUCUUUAGUGUAGAGGAGCUGAUCUUUAUAGUUCCAUCGGAGGGCUAAAGAUUUAGACAUGUAUAAAAGGAAAAAAAUAUACAUAUAUAUCUGCUAAAGGUUUUAUGCUGACAAGCCAUUUAACAAAUG